AGUUAUUACAUUUUCAAAAAUAUAUUUAUUUUUACAAAUUUUAAUUUAAAAUUUUUUAAUAAUAUUUGGCCACUUGUUUUUUAGGCUAUUUUCCCUUUUCAGUUUACAUUUUCUAGUAUAAUAUCUGUAAUAUAUGUCAACUUCAGAUGACUGGAAUGACAUUCCGGAUGAUUUUGUACUCCCGGAAGGCUCGGCUGAAAGAGGAGCAAAGCUUUUCAAAAAACAUUGCAAGCAAUGUCAUUCUAUGAGACCAGAUAAUCGCCAAACUGGAGGAUUCAGCUCAAUUGGUCCCACUUUAUUCAAUGUUUAUGGUCGCACUUCGGGGAUCCAGAACCUUGGAGGACUGAACCUGAUGACCCAUUCCAUGAAGUCAUCAGGAAUCGUAUGGGACGACGCAAAUUUGAUGAGGUACAUGAAAAACCCGCAAUUGUUUGUAAAUAAUAAAAUCGGGAUGAAUUUUGCCGGACUUCCAAGGUUCCAGGACCGGGUGGAUAUUGUACACUUCCUUCGCCAACUAAACUAUGAAGGAAAAUAUGGAAAGGAAGUGUUAAAGGAAUGCGAGAAGAAAUAGUUCAAGUAAAAUGUAUUUUAAUACCAAAUUAAAAUAUUUCAAUGUAGUUUAGCUGUUGAAUAUUAUAUUAAAAUA